AUGACAACAUUUGAAAGGGAUCUCCAGAAGUGCUUUUCUGUUAUUGGAACGUAUGCGUCACUGGCAAGGUUCCGAAACAACAACAGCAAACAGCACAGAGGAAACAAUAUCGUCAAUGAUAGAAUCAGGGUCUACAACGCGAACUAUGGCAUCAGAAACAUGGAGCACAGCAAAAACAACAGUAAAUACAACACUGAACAUGACACCAGAAACAUCAACAUAACAACAACACAAUCUACCACACCAGAAACAACAACGCAAACUACCACAGCAGAAACAACAAUACAAUCUACCACACCAGUAACAACAACACAAUCUACACCAGAAACAACAUCGCAAACUACAACACCAGAAACAACAACACAAACUUCCACACCAGUAACAACACAGUCUACCACGCCAGUAACAACAACACAAUCUACUACACCAGAAACAACAUCGCAAACUACCACACCGGAAACAACAUCACAAUCUACCACAUCAGAAACAACAUCGCAAACUACCACACCAGAAACAACAACACAAACUACAACACCAGAAACUACGACACAAUCUACCACAACAGAAACAAAACAACAUCGCAAACUACAACACCAGAAACAACAACACAAACUGCCACACCACACACCAGAAACAACAUCACAAACUACAACACCAGAAACAACUACACAAACUCCGACACCAGAAACAACAUCGCAAAUUACAACACCAGAAACAACCACACAAACUGCCACACCAGUAACAACAACACAAUCUACCACACCAGAAACAACAACACAAACUACCACACCAGUAACAACAUCGCAAACUACCACACCGGAAACAACAUCACAAUCUACCACAUCAGAAACAACAACGCAAACUACCACACCAGAAACAACAACACAAACUACAACACCAGAAACUACGACACAAUCUACCACAACAGAAACAACAACACAAUCUACCACACCUGAUUCAACAACACAAUCUACCACACCUGAUUCAACAACACAAACUACCACACCAGAAACAACAACACAAUCUACCACACCAGAAACAACAAUACAAACUACCACAACAGAAACAGCAAAACAAUCUUCCACUCCAGAAACAACAUCGCAAACUACAACACCAGAAACAACAACACAAACUGCCACACCAGUAACAACAACACAAACUACCACACCAGAAACAACAACACAAUCUACCACACCAGAAACAACAUCGCAAACUACCACAGCAGUAACAACAACACAAUCUACCACACCAGAAACAACAACACAAACUACCACACCAGUAACAACAACACCAUCUACCACACCAGAAAUAACAACACAAACGACUACACCAGAAACAACAUCGCAAACUACAACACCAGAAACAACAACACAAACUACCACACCAGUAACAACAACACAAUCUACCACACCAGAAACAACAACACAAACUACCACACCAGAAACAACAUCGCAAACUACCACACCAGAAACAACAUCACAAUCUACCACACCAGAAACAACAACACAAACUACAACACCAGAAACAACAUCGCAAACUACCACACCAGAAACAACAUCACAAACUACCACACCAGAAACAACAACACAAACUACCACACCAGUAACAACAACACAAUCUACCACACCAGAAACAACAACACAAACUACCACACCAGAAACAACAUCGCAAACUACCACACCAGAAACAACAACACAAACUACUUCACCAGAAACUACGACACAAUCUACCACAGCAGAAACAACAACACAAUCUACCACACCUGAAACAACACCACCUACCACACCAGAAACAACAACACAAUCUAGCACACCAGAAACAACAUCACAAACUACCACACCAGUAACAACAACACCAUCUACCACACCAGAAACAACAACACAAACUACUACACCAGAAACAACAUCGCAAACUAGAACACCGGAAACAACAUCACAAUCUACCACACCAGAAACAACAACACAAACUACAACACCAGAAACAACAACACAAUCUACCACAACAGAAACAACAACACAAUCUACCACACCUGAUACAACAACACAAACUACCACACCAGAAACAACAACACAAUCUACCACACCAGAAACAACAACACAAACUAUUGCACCAGAAACAACAGCACAAACUACCACCCCAGAAACAACAUCAACAACUACCACAACAGAAACUACGACACAAUCGACCACACCAGAAAAAACAACAACACAAACUACCACAGCAGUAACAACAUCACAAUCUACUACACCAGAAACAACAACACAAACUACUAUACCAGUAACAACAACACCAUCUACCACACCAGAAUCAACAACACAAUCUACUACACCAGAAACAACAUCACCAACUACCACAACUGAAACUACGACACAAUCAACCUCUACCACGCCAGUAACAACAACACAAUCUACCACACCAGAAACAACAACACAAACUACCACCCCAGAAACAACAUCGCAAAAAACAACAACACAAACUACCACACCAGUAACAACAACACCAUCUACCACACCAGAAAGAACAACACAAACUUCUACACCAGAAACAACAUCGCAAACUACCACACCGGAAACAUCAUCACAACCUACCUCAUCAGAAACAACAUCAAACAACAACACAAACUACCACAGCAGUACCAACAACACAAUCUACCACACCAGAAACAACAACACAAACUACCACAGCAGUACCAACAACACAAUCUACCACACCAGAAACAACAACACAACCUACCACACCAGUAACAACCACACAAUCUACCACACCAGAAACAACAACACAAACUACCACAGCAGUAACAACAUUAGAAUCUACUACACCAGAAACAACAACACAAACUACUAUACCAAAACAACAGCACAAACUACCACAACAGAAACAACGACACAAUCUACCACACCAGAAACAACAACACAAACUACCACCCCAGAAACAACAACACAAUCUACCACACCUGAAACAACAACACAAACUACUUCACCAGAAACUACUACACAGUCUACCACACCAGUACGAACAACCCAAACUACCACACCAGAAACAGGCAUGAGCCUUUCUUCAGGAAGGCUCAUCUUUUCUGCAUUUUCCCCAAUACCCACAAUUCCCCUGCUGAUCCAUCUAUCUCAGCCUUGA